CCCUUGCGCCCCUCCGCCUCUCACCACUUCGAGACCUUUCCCGGCUUCCUGCUCCCGGGACCCUUCCGCAUCCAUCGGCGGGCGGAGAGUGCGCGGACGCGGGACGGCCGAGUCCUCUAUGCACUGCGUCGGAGGCGGCCUGCGGGCCUCGCCGCGGGGCUGGGGCGGGCCGAGGGGCGCGGGCCCGGAGCCGGGAUGCCAGAGGGACCAUCUGUGAGGAAGUUCCACCGCUUGGUCUCCCCCUUUGUGGGGCAGCAGGUGGUCAAGACAGGGGGCAGCAGUCAGAAGCUGACCCCUGCCAGCUUGCAGUCUCUGUGGCUCCAAGAUACACAGGUCCAUGGAAAAAAAUUAUUCCUUAGAUUUGAUCCAGAUGAAGAACUUGGUUCCCUUGGCAACAUCUCACUGCCAGAGUCUCUAGAAAAAGGAGAGAGGAAGGAGGAGGUCCAGGACCAAAAACAGGCCUUGGGGCCCAGCAGCCAGAAAACCUCUCAGCCUCCCUCUCAGUCCCUGGAGCAUGUUGCUCCCAGUGGAGACAGUGGUUUGGAGGGUUUGCGGGGAGAUGCUCCUGUGGGAGCUGCAGAGAGGUGGCUGCAGGUCAGCUUUGGUAUGUUUGGCAGCAUUUGGGUGAACGAGUUCUCCAGAGCGAAGAAAGCGAACAAGAGGGGCGACUGGAGGGACCCCAUUCCAAGGUUGGUCCUGUACUUUGGUGGUGGCGGCUUCCUGGCAUUCUAUAAUUGUCAGAUGUCUUGGAGCUCUUCCCCAGUGGUCAGACCUGCCUCUGACAUCUUGUCGGAAAAGUUUGAUCGAAGACAAGCCUUGGAAGCUUUGAGCCAGGAUCAGCCUGUCUGCUAUACCCUGUUGGACCAAAGAUACUUCUCAGGCUUAGGGAACAUCAUUAAGAAUGAAGCCUUGUACAGAGCAGGGAUCCAUCCCCUUUCUCUUGGCUCACUCCUCAGCCAUCAGCACCUCGAGGCCCUAUUGGAUCAUGUGGUGGAGUUCAGUGCGGACUGGCUUCAGGGCAAGUUCGAGGGCAGACAGCAGCACCCGCAGAUCUACCAGAAAGAACAGUGCCCUGGGGGACACCGGGUCAUGAGAGAGGCGUUUGGGCCUCCGGGUGGCUUCCAGAGGCUCACAUGGUGGUGCCCGCAGUGCCAGCCCAGGUUGUCUCCUGAUGAGCAAGGGCAGGUCCAGCUCUCCUAGGGGACUCCUGCCCGUCUUCACAGAACCUGGCCCUUGAGGGGCUGUGAUUCCUGAAUGUCCAGAGGGCGGGUGUUGUCAGUGCUUGGGCUUGGCUACAGGAAUAGAGGGUGGAGGGAUGGGUGUCAGGACUGUUGCAAGCCGUGUCACUGGACUUGGGUUGAAGGCUGUUCCUACAGGAUUAGAUGUUUUUUUGCUUCUCUCAUUUCUGUUAAUUCUUCCAUCUAAUUCUGCCAUUGUGGAAGAUGAUGAAAAGUCAUGAGGACGGUACAGGGAAACACCUCCCAGUGGGGCAUUGAAAUGAAAGUGCCUGCAAAACAGCUCUGCCUCCACAUUGCUUUGUAUGUGCUUGGUUUUGUGUUUGAAACCUUGGUUGGUUGUAAGGCUCUCCAUUUGAGAAAUGGGACAACAGAAGUCUCUUUCUUUGUUCCCCUAGGGGGAUCCAGGGGUGAGGAUGAGUUGCACACGAGAGGAGGCUGAGGCUGACUCAUCCUCCUGCGUGGAUCCUUACCCAUGGGAUGGAGACCCCGAGAGAAGGGCCAGAAGAGGAGAGGGACCAGGGAAUUGGCCACCUUCCUGCUGUGCCCAGUGGGCUUUAGAAAAAAACUACUUCUCUCUACAGUAAGGUGAUAUUUUUGUGAUUGUUGGUGUGUUGAACAGUGCAGGAAUCAAGGGUGGUAGAGACACACUGUCAGGUUGUUAGCGACAGCCAGAAGAAAGUAGGACAGUGACAUGAAAAUAAAUCUCUCUGUUAUUUUCUGUUGUCA